AUGCCACAACCCUCCACCUCCACCUCACAACCUCCAAUCUACUUCUGGCGCGAAUUCACCGAACCCCACGGCUUCAUGUCCCAAUGGUACCUACCCUCUCCCUUUACCGUUCAAGGAAUCACAUACCAGACAGCAGAAAUGUGGAUGAUGAUUGAAAAAAAUCCAGACUUUUUGGAGACGAGAACAUCAAAGAUUGGGAAGAUUGGCGAAGGGGGUUUGAGAGAGAGGGGGAGGUGGGAUGAGAAUAAGAGUCGGAUUGUUGAAGAAGGGAAUUUUUAUAAAUUUUCCGAAAAUGAAGGGUUAAAAAAGAAAUUGUUGGAGACUGGGGAGAGGGAAUUGGUGGAGGCUAGUCCGAACGAUAGGAUUUGGGGGAUUGGGUUUGGGGAGGAGGAUGCUGAGGAGAAUCGGGGACGGUGGGGGGAGAAUCGGUUGGGGGUUGCAUUGAUGAAUGUUAGGAGGAGGUUGAGGGAGGGUGAAGAGUGA